AUGCAGACCAUCACCUGUCAGUCCAGCCUGGUAAGGCGCAGCACAGGCUGCGGUGCAGUGGGGUUUUCAAGGAGGACCCAACUGCUCUCCAACCUGAUACCCACGCUUCCAAUCCUCCCCAUCGUGCAGACGAUCACGGCGAAGAGCACUCGCCAGACCCUCAAGAAUGUGAAGAAGACCGCGACCAAGCAGGCCAAGAAGGCCGUGUCCAGCGUCAAGGGUGGCUCCAACCUGGGAUCCACCUGGUACGGCCCCGACCGCCCCAAGUUCCUCGGCCCCUUCAGCGAUGGCGCGACCCCCUCCUACCUGACGGGAGAGCACGCCGGUCUGUCCGCCGACCCCGAGACCUUUGCCCGCUACCGCGAGAUCGAGGUGAUCCACGCCCGCUGGGCCCUGCUGGGCGCGCUGGGCUGCGUCGUCCCCGAGCUCCUGGACGGCACCAACCACGUCCCCUGGUUCAAGGCCGGCGCCCAGAUCUUCUCCCCCGACGGCCUCCAGUACCUGGGCGUCCCCGGCCUGAUCAACGCCCGGUCCAUCAUCGCCACCCUGGCGGUCCAGGUGCUGCUCAUGGGCGCGGUGGAGGGCUACCGCGUGAACGGCGGGCCCGCUGGCGAGGGUCUGGACCCCGUCUACCCCGGCGAGUCCUUCGACCCCCUGGGCCUGGCCGACGACCCCGACUCCUUUGCGGAGCUGAAGGUGAAGGAGAUCAAGAACGGGCGGCUGGCCAUGUUCUCCAUGUUUGGCUUCUUCAUCCAGGCCAUCGUAACGGGGAAGGGCCCCAUCCAGAACCUGAACGACCACCUUGCCGACCCCGGCGCAAACAACGCCUGGGCCUUCGCCACGAAGUUUACCCCCUGA